UGCUUCCAUCUAGAUCAUGCUUUCAUAAUUACAAUCACUCCCAUAUUCGUGGUAUCCAUGCAUUGAUAUCGCGACGGUGAGCUAAAUUACCAACAAAGUUAUAGAAUAUCAUUGACUUUUUUUCUUGUCCGGUUUUAAUGUACAUUUUAUGACAUUUUACACCCACAAAAAUAACGUUCUUCCGUUAAUUGAAUUCUAACAAUUUCCUAAAAGAGGAUUCAUUCUUAUUGAGUAAUGGUUAAUGCUGAGAGCAUUGUUUUGUAAACAUUGCGAGUGUUUCGAACAGUUCAACAUUGUUGUGAGUUAUGAUACAUCAAUCAUGUGCUAAUCAGUAAUUUAAAAAACUGAUAGACAUAUUUGAUAGCGCAUUCGAAGUUAAUAACGAAUGUUUGUUACGAACAAAAUAUGUUUGGAUCACUACGUAGCAAGUUUCAGACAGUGCAAGAAGGUAUAUCUGCUAGUAUACGGGGUCUAUCAAUUACUGAACAUCCAAAGAGCAAAAAGUUCGUCAAUGUACGAAAUGUAAAUUACAAUGCAGGUGCAGAUAUAUUGCAUCACUUCCAAUUACAAUGGAAUGAGCUUCACGAGCUUGCAGAGGAAAAUGCGGGAAGGGCUCAGGAAGCUGAUACACUGAUAUCUUCUAUUUAUGACAAGCUUGAACACGAAUGGAACAGUGUUACGUGUUUAAACAGCACUUUAGCCUAUAUUCCGAAGAUUAACAAUGCAAUUCAAGAUCUCAUGGACCAAAUAGGAAAUUUACAAGAAAUGUUUGAAGAAGUUGAAGGAGCUUUGUAUCGAUUGGAAGAUCUGAAUGAAAUGUUAGAUUUGCAAAGUAGACAGCUGGAUCAUAGAUUUCAAUUAGCUUUAUACAAAGAAAAGAGAUUGAUAGAAUUAAAUGAUUUCAAAGCGAAACUUGGUAAAGAACACAUUGAGAGAGUUUCUCAACAUGAAUUAAACCAACAAAAAAAAUUGAAGGAACGACGGGAGACCUUUGAAGAAGCUUUCAAAGAGGACCUUGAAGAAUACAAAGCAACUGGAUCUAUACCGAAGCUGCCAGUUUCUUCACAAGGCCCAUCUUUGGACGAAAUAGUGUUAGACAUCGAUUCCAAGAUAUUUGAUGAAUUUUUAGAAAAUUAGAAGUAGAGGAGAAAUCAUGAGUGCGUGCAUUAUUACAAACUUAUGAUCUUCAUUUUAAGAUGAAAUUAUAUGCAAUGAAAUGUAAUCUUCGACUGCAUUUCUUAUAAUUAGAUAUUAAGGCUGUGACUCGGACAAUUCAAGCUUUUUAAUAUAAAAAGACUUGUAAAAAUAACGAAAAAAUUACCAGAUGAAUUCUUCCAGAAUCUUGUAUAUAUAUCAAUGCCUAUAAACUGGUUUUUAAAUUUAUUAGAACUUUAUAUAAUCAUUUCGUAGAUAUAAGUAUAUUUUGUCAUUGUAUUAUGUAUUGUUCAACGCUUUGAUUAAAGAGAACCCGAUUUUGAUCCCGAUCAGAAACUCGUAUGUAUAAAUGUGUAGAUACGAGAAAAAAAGAUUUUGUUAAAUUUUUUUAAUAUUGUAUCGUGCUUAAAUAAAUCGACAUAAUAAUCUUAAUCUCACAUUUGUGCAAAUUCUUUAUAUUUGGCAUAAUUUUGAUAAAAUUAGCUUCGUAAAAAAAGUCAUACCAUCACUGUAGCGCCAUACAGUGGAAAAUCGUGACACUAUCGCACAUGCGGCACAAUAUCAAUAUCAGUGUGUUUUAAUUCACAAACAUGAAUUAAAAAGCUGAUUAGAAGAGAAAUAUCUAUCAGUCGAGAAGAGCUAAAUAAUAGACAUUCUUUUAGGUGCGCUAUCUUACUACAUAUAAAUCUAACAAAAUUGUAGAUAUAUUUUGGUAUUUUAGACUGAAUUUAUGAGGAGAAGUUCGUCGACGAGUAAACAAACAGCGUACAAUGGACCCGAGUUUUCAGAGAAGAAGGAGAAAGGAGAGAAUCUACAACAAGUUUCAGAGAGGCUUUGUAAAUACCUGCAUUGGUAUCACAGCAGUCAGCAGCCUUCUCCUCGGUUAUAAAGUAUAUGAAUACUUUCGAUACAUUCGACCUUUGCAAUUGGCACAGAAAAAAUUGGCUCAGGAUGAGCUUCUGCUUGAAGGUAGAAGCAUAGAAGUAUAGAAUCAUACAAUGUUGCGCAGCUAGCUAAUAUAAGCGAUCUCUUUGAUAUAUAAUUGAAGGAAAAAUAGAAAAGUUAGAUAUAUGAAAGAGAUAAUAUGAAACAAUGUACUUCCAAGGAUAAGAAAUACUUGUGUACUGUAAAUAAACUACGUAUACAUAUUACAGGCUUUGUGUAAUAUAAAAUCAAGAGUUACUUAGAGUAUGCUUAGGGAAUCUGUAAAUAAACCCGACACAGUGCGUACAUUACUAUUUCAUAUAAUAAAUAUAGUCUUGAUAAAUAAUAUAAUGAGAAUUGCAUUUUAUUAUUAAUUUUAUUAUCAUAAAUAACUAUAACGUUGCCACAUCUUGAGUACCGUUUCAAGUUACUUAUAAAAAAUUAAUAUAACAUGCAAUCUUUCAAAAUUAUAUUAAAUGUAAGAAACUAUCGAUUUUAGAAAAACUG